AAAAUAGAUUUGUGAAAAUUAUAUCGUAUCGGUGAGAGAAGCCUGAGAGCGGCCGAUAGCCAUGAUUUAGGCUGACUUUAUUUUCAAGUGCCUCAUGUAAUCCACCUCGCUCCUGCAUGGUUAUAGUAGAAAAUUGUGGGCAUUGUUUGCGGGAUUUAUAGAGACAGUCGAAAGAAAGUCAUUACGGCUGACUCGCGGGCGUGGGCAAUGGAAAAAAAUGUUUUAUCGCCGCCGGGUAGCUUAUCAUUCGCGCGUAGAUAUAACUCUCCGGCGCUAUAGUCCAGAUGUCAUUGCGCUUGCUAGGCGAAGGGAGCUUCCGUAAGUUCCGGUGGUGGCGCGAGCGGCGCGAGAGGUACCGUCGAGGCGUCGAGUACGAUGACCCGGCUGUUCGCACGUUACUCGCUGGCUCGUCGCGCGGUUGCGUCGUAGUAGUACGUCAAGGCAGAUAUUCCCUUUAUCGCUUGUAGAAAGCGCGUGCGCGCGCGCUCGGGGCUCGGCGCUCGGCGUUCGGCGCUCGGCGUCCGGCAGGCAGGAAGGGAGAGAGAGACGGCGGGCGGCGUGGCAGUGCGCAGGCGCCUAUUUUGCUCGAUGGGCGCGGGACGGGCGGUGGGGGGAGGCACGCUUGCGGGGCAUGGCGCGCUGUGCGCGUUCUAGUAAACAAGUUGUGUGCAAGCCGCGCGGGGAAUCUAGCACCCCGACCAAGCGAAACCGAGCGCGAUAUUUAUUUAACGACGCGGCCCCAUCCCGUCGCGCGUCACGACGCGUCGCAGGUGCGUCGCCCGACGAUCUCUUACUCUCCCUCCCCCCGUUUGAGAAAUCACGCUCCCGUUUUCAGUCGAAGGGAACGCGCGCGCGACCGACGGAUAAACAAACGGAUCGGCUCUCGCGCGUGUUAUGCGCGUUCGCCGCGAGUGCGAGUGGUGUCGGUGUCCACGGGGAAAAGUGAUCGUCACCAGCGUGAUAUCCGCCAUCAGUCUGUCUGACGGCAUCUUUUCUUCUGACGAGGGGACGAUUCUCCGAGGAGGAGGAGGAGGAGGAGGAGGAGCAGGAGGAGGAGGAGAAGGAAGAAGAGGAAGAACGUGUGCGACUCGGCGAAGGGAGAGCACGAACGCCCUCGACGCCGAGUGAUGACACCCCGAUAUGCGUCUCGUUGGACCUUCCACCGAUUAGACGCCGCGUCUCGGACGAUAUACUGCCAGGAUAUCGCCGAGGAAGCAGGUUCGUCGGUAUGGUGAGAAGUGUGCACUGAUCGGUGAGGAGAUUCCCGAUCAACUCGUGAAUCUUGUAUUGAUGCGGUACAGUUAAUGGAGUCGUCUAAUGUGACGACCUGCCGUACAGUACCGAUCUUCCAACACAGUCGGUUGAUUUAGGUAUACCGUGUACGUGCGUGUGCGGUCGGUCUCUCCGUCUCGUGAUACGCCUACGAGAAGUCUCUCGAACGGCUACGGGAGGGUCAAGUAGACGCCGGCGACGACGCCGACAAACGCGUACGGGAACCUUGAGAGGGAAAAAAGGAACAUUCGUGACAUCUUGGAGCGACUGUCGUCGAACUUGUGGUCGCAUUGACGCUCGAACCCUCCGUUCGUGCAUACGUUUGCGAGACGAAUAAGAAGAAACGCGCCGAAGAAGAGGAGGCUGUUGCGCUGUCGCGGCGCGAGAGCUCGUCGUAGCGACAACGAAGAGAUGCAAGCGAGACGCGACGCUUUACUCCUUUUACUCUGAAUUGACGCGGAAUCAUUUUUUCCAUCGGGGGAGGAAAGAAAUUUCAUUCCGCCGAUAUGAAGAUGAAAUCCUCGGCCACGUGUUACGCGCGUAGAGUUGGCGGCGCGACGUUCGACGGGAAUGAAUCGAGCAUCGUUGCACCUUCUUAUUCGGAGGCUAACUCUGUCACCUGUCACUGCCAUUGUUUGUCGUCGAGUUGUGGUGUGUUUGAAAAAGACGACGGCGUGUCGUCUUUACCGUCGACGUCGGUGUCGUUGACGACGGUGUGCGAUCUUUGCGAGCGUCUUCGCGGUCAAACGAGCAGACGCUAUGAUGCAGUGAACGCGACAUGGACAAGGGACAGCCACGCGGCUGAUCGAUCAGGAUCGAGACGGAUACUCGACAAGGACGAUUUGCCGAACAAUUUGAAAGCGAUCGUUAGAAAGCGCGACAGAACUUUGAGGUGUGAACCGAACCGUAGAACUCCGCUCCGCGAAUCAUCCGCGAGAAGUGCUUCGAGCGUAGUGCGAUGGAGCUUCGCGGCCAGAUUCCACGGUGGUUUUAAAUCAACCGAAUGGCGGUGGCUCCUCUGGAUCUUUUUCUUGAUACUCGCGGUAUGCAACCACGUAGCAGCGGACAACACCGGCCCUAACGGAGUGUGCCAAAGUAUAGACAUAAGAAAUAACGUGAGUGAGUUCUCAAAACUAAAGGGAUGCCGAAUAGUCGAAGGUUUCGUACAAAUUAGCUUGAUCGAUCGAGCGGAGCCAUCAGACUACGCCAAUUUCAGCUUCCCCGAACUGGUCGAGAUCACCGAUUUCCUUCUUUUAUACAGGGUAAACGGACUGAAAACUCUCGCUAAUCUGUUUCCGAAUCUGGCGGUCAUUCGUGGUAAUUCUCUUAUUAUGAAUUACGCUCUUAUGGCAUUCGAGAUGAUGCAUCUUCAAGAAAUUGGUCUCCAUUCUCUGACCAACAUUCUACGCGGAUCUGUACAUUUUGAGAAGAACCCAAUGCUCUGCUUCGUCGACACCAUCGAUUGGGACAUCAUUGCCAAAGCUGGCAACGGAGAGCAUUUUAUAAAAGAUAACAAGCCAUUGAACGGUUGUCCGCUGUGCGAGAAAAAGUGUCCAAUAAGACAGACAAAACCCGAUCAGACUUUGUGCUGGAAUUUACAACACUGCCAACAAAUAUGUGAUCGCAAGUGCGAGGAUAGAGCUUGCGACUCUAUGGGAAAAUGCUGCCAUCCAUUCUGUCUGAGCGGAUGUACGGGACCGACGGCCAACGAUUGCGUCGUUUGCAGACACGUGGUGAUAAAUGGCAAAGAGUGUAAAGAUCAUUGUCCGAAAGGCAAGUACAAGUUCAUGAAUCGUCGUUGCAUCGAUGAGUCGGAAUGCCGUCAGAUGCCGAAAUCAAUGUACAAGAAUGAUGAGAUGAUAAAGCCGCAUCCAUACAAGCCGUUUAACGACAGUUGCGUGAUCGAGUGUCCUGCGGGUUAUAUGGAGAGUGAAGAUUAUAACAAUCAUGUGUCCUGCCAAAAGUGUGAAGGUCGACAAUGCUUGAAAGAAUGUCCUGGUGCGAAGGUGAUGAGCAUUGAAUCGGCGCAGAAAUUGCGCGGAUGUACGCAUCUCACAGGUAGCCUCGAUAUAGAGAUACGCGGUGGCAAAAAUAUUGUAAAGGAACUCGAGGACAAUUUAGGCAUGAUCGAGGAGAUAGACGGCUCUUUAAAAAUUGUUCGCAGCUUUCCGCUGAUAUCCCUCAACUUUUUAAAAAAUCUGCGCGUGAUACGCGGUAAUGAUUCCGAGAACAAGUACAGUAUCUCCGUCCUCGAUAAUCAGAAUCUUCAAGAGCUUUGGGAUUGGAACAAGCACCCGAACAUGACUAUUUUGGCCAAAGAAGGCCGUCCUAAGGUCUUCUUUCAUUUCAAUCCGAAAUUGUGUCUGCAUGAGAUUGAAAAGUUACGAGUGAAUGCCAAAUUGGAAGAGUUCUCCGAUCACGAGGUGGCAUCUAACAGCAACGGAGACAAAAUCGCAUGUAACGUUACUGAGUUAGAGACUGAAGUCACCUGGAGAACACCCGUAGGAGCUAUUAUCAAGUGGACGGCCUUUAAGCACCACGAUAUUCGGUCUCUUUUGGGUUACGUUGUUUAUUUUAUCGAAGCGCCUAAUCAGAACGUAACGAUGUACGACGGCCGCGAUGCUUGUGGCGGUGAUGGUUGGCGGGUGGAGGAUGUUUCCGCUGACAGUACCACGCUACUUGCCAAUCAGACACACAAUGGCACUCAAACAGAUUUACAAGAGCACCUACACAUACUGACUCAGCUGAAGCCGUAUACUCAAUAUGCUUACUACGUUAAGACUUACACCAUAGCCACGGAAAGGUCAGGCGCACAGAGUAAAAUCACGUACUUUACAACAAAGCCGGAUGCACCUAGUUCACCCAGAGCUUUAUCGACUUGGAGUAAUUCUAGCAAUGAGUUGGUUAUUUCAUGGUUUCCACCGCUUAAAAAAAAUGGAAAUCUAACGCAUUAUCGAAUUGUCGGUCGUUGGGAGCCCGAUGACCAGAAUUUUAUCGACCAAAGGAAUUACUGCGACGAACCUAUGCCGUUGCUUGAGACAAAAUCACCAGAGGAUGUUAUAGCGGAGCAAGAAAAAAAGCAUUUUGAUUUAGAGAAAGAAUUCGCAAAAACCGAUUCAUGCGUUUGUUCAGAUCGUGAAGUAACGGAUCAGUCGAUGCUUGAGAAAGAAGUUUCCAGUUCGAUCGCCUUCGAGAACGCGUUACACAAUCAGGUUUAUGUAAAACGAGCGCAGUCGCGUAGAAGACGCCACAUUGGUGAAAUGUUAAACGCAACUACCGAACUACCCAGAGAUUCUACGUACAAUCAGAAUUGGGAAAGCAUUAACGAUAAAGUGGAGAAUGGUACAGUCUUAGUAUUCGAGCGAAUAAUACCCAGCACAAAUCUUACUUUUGUCAUGAGAAAUCUCCGGCAUUUUACUGCGUACAAUAUUGAGGUUCAAGCUUGCCGAGAGCUAGACGCGAGUGAAUUGAACGACACAAAAGUUAUUCCAAAGAAUUGCUCGAUGAAGAGUAUGAAAACAUAUCGUACGUUAUCCAUGACGAACGCAGAUAAUAUUCCACCGAACUCCUUUACAUUGAUUAAAUCUGGUGAGAAUAAUAGUCUCGCUACAGUUACGUUGUUUUGGGAUGAACCUGUUCAACCUAACGGCCUAGUAGUCACGUAUCAGAUUGAGUAUAAAAGAAUUGAUAUAGAAAAUAUAAAAGCAACAGUGGUAUGUAUCACAAGACGCGAUUUUGUUAAAAAUGGCAACUCUUACACCUUGAAGGAACUUUCUGCUGGAAAUUAUUCUAUAAAAGUACGAGCUACAAGUUUAGCUGGAAAUGGCGAAUAUACCGAAGUAAAAUAUUUUUUCAUAGAGGAAUAUGGCACACUUGGUACAUUCUGGAUUAUCUUCUGCUCGAUAAUUGGCGUUUUUAUAACGUCCGUUUCUUUAUUAACGUUCUACAUAAUUAAAAAAAGAUCAAUGCGAAAUGUGCCCAGUAUGAGACUUAUCGCAACAGUGAAUCCGGAAUAUGUGAGCACAAGUUACGUGCCGGAUGAAUGGGAAGUGCCGAGAAAGAAAAUUCAAUUAUUACGAGAAUUAGGGAAUGGUUCUUUCGGCAUGGUAUACGAAGGAUUGGCUAAGGAUGUUGUAAAAGGCAAACCGGAAGUACGGUGCGCCGUAAAAACUGUAAAUGAAAACGCAACCGACCGUGAACGGAUAGAAUUCCUUAAUGAGGCAUCCGUCAUGAAGGCGUUUAACACUCAUCACGUCGUCAGACUGUUGGGCGUAGUGUCGCAAGGUCAACCUACAUUGGUUGUUAUGGAAUUGAUGGUGAACGGUGAUUUAAAAACGUAUUUGAGAAGUCACCGACCGGAUGUGUGUGAGAAUUCCAAACAACCUCCAACGUUGAGAGAUAUUCUACAAAUGGCAGUCGAAAUUGCAGACGGAAUGUCGUACCUCUCCGCGAAGAAAUUUGUGCACAGAGACUUGGCCGCUCGUAAUUGUAUGGUAGCUGAGGAUCUCACUGUGAAGAUUGGUGACUUUGGCAUGACGAGAGACAUAUACGAAACUGAUUACUAUCGAAAAGGAUCCAAGGGAUUGCUACCAGUCAGAUGGAUGGCACCAGAAAGUUUGAAGGAUGGCGUAUUUACUAGUUUUUCUGAUGUUUGGAGCUACGGAGUUGUUCUGUGGGAAAUGGUAACGCUCGCUUCGCAGCCGUAUCAAGGUUUAUCAAAUGAUCAGGUAUUACGUUAUGUAAUUGAAGGAGGAGUUAUGGAACGACCGGAAAAUUGUCCCGACUCACUGUAUAAUUUAAUGAGGCGUACCUGGAAUCACAGAGCCACGAGAAGACCUACUUUUAUAGACAUUGAGACUCUGUUAUUGCAAGAAGUUAGUAUAGAAGGCUUCGAGAAUGUUAGUUUUUAUCACAGUCCUGAAGGUAUUGAAGCUCGAAAUCAAAAUAAUUCACAUUCGCCACAAAAUGACCAAGAUCUAGAAAUGGUUGCUCUACAAGAUUUGCGGGAAGAAGAAAUGGAAGGAGAAGAAGAUUCGCCGUUGCGUCAAGAUUUUGGGGAUUUUGCAAGUUUUGAGCCUCGCAGUAUUAAAAAUAACUUAAGUCCGCAGUACGGAGUUGAUUCAUAUGGCGAAACCUCAAAAGUUACUUCCAAUUUCCAUGACAUGAACUCAACAAAAGUACCCAAAGCUGGAUUUGAUGAAUUUGGCGGUAUCUCCGGGGAUUCGCUCGUAUCUAGUAAGGACACGUUAAAUUCGCCUUUCGUAGGUAGCCUUAAAUCAGUCAGCUCGCCUUUUAUAUAUAAGAAGAGUACUUCCCGCGGUAACGUGAGUCAAGGUUCUCUAGGGAAGUCGGCAAGUCCUCAGAGUUCAGUUAAGCGAAAUUUUCUCGAUAGCCCAAAUCCGUCUAAGCUUCGGGAGGAUCCCGAUUAUGAAAAUAGGAGUCCUGAAAUUAUAUCGGGCAUCGAAAAGAAGGACAUAAUUUCAUUACACGUAGAAUUUCCAUCGGUGGAUGUCAUGGACAUCCAGAUUAAUGGUGAUAAAACGGAAAACAACAAGAAGCACACGGGCGAUUACAUAAACAAAUCGGAAACGUUGAAUAAUGGUUAUAUUGGUAGUACGACUACGUAGCUUCGCUGUACGAAAUUUUAUCAUUUGGAAUGAAUCGGAUAUGAGUAUUCCAACAAAAAAAAGGCAGUGUCUGUGCCAAAUUUUUCCAAGCGUACUGGAUUGUCGUUUUGAAAGGAUUACAUUGAGAAAUGUUUUCUGUAUAUGAAAGGGAUGUUAGUGUGUUCUAGUUAACAUACAAGUUAUACUCAUAAGUCUAUAUUUUAAACGUCUAGACGUAACUAAGAAUAAACAGGUCCUAACACAAACAAGUGGAGUUUCCUUAUACGGGUGUUACCAUGUCUUAAUUCCGUCUCUCUAAAUGUAAUUAAUAUCGCUAUACGCGUGUACAGCUAAUUAUAUAUUUGUUGCGCUGCAAUGCAUAUUGGAAAGGAGCAGCGAAUAUACUUAUAUCAGAUACUGUCUUUUUGAAGUUGUCACUGUAGUAUAUGUUAAUACAGAGAGUUUACUUUAUGCUAAAACCGCUAUUAUCAUGGAGUUAUUAUUAGACGGUUGCAAUUCAAGUUGAAUAUCUUUCCUUGAAAUUCGGCCAUAUGAGAAAUGUGUAGCCGUCCCAUCGGCAGUGCACAUUAUCCGCUGUCAAGCAUGUAGUAACUUCUCUCUCCAUUAACAAUCUAGCAUAUAAGCGUGGAUAAAAAAAUUGAGCAAGUUUAUUAUUUAUAUCCAUAGAUUUUUUGUUUUAUUUUCGGUUGCAAAAUGCGCUAAUUUUGCGCAAUUUCUGCUAUAAUUAGUUGUAUAGUAUUGGUUUAUUUUUUUUCCCAAAUUUAUAAUAAAUAUGAUAAAAAACCAAAGUGGCAAUUAGGUCGACUACCGCGUUGGUACGACAUUUUGUUCACACUGAAAAGAUCACAUUUUAUAAAUUUUGUGAAUUACGCCUAGUCGCCACUUUGUAUUAUUUUAAGCUUUGAACUCGUAUAGUGAUGUAUAGAUAUGUUGGAAAGUAUGUGUAGAGAGGUGAUUCAGAAUACAUGUGUGUGUGUGUGUGCGUGCGUGCGUGCGUGCGUGCGUGCGUGCGUGCGUGCGUGCGUGCACAUACAUAUGCGUGCACACACACACACACACACACACACACACACACACACACACACACACACACACGACAUAGUAAAUAUAUCGCGUUUCUCUAAUUUAUAAAUCUAUAUUAUAUUUAUGUUUUCUACAUUGUUUUAAUAUUUUUGACGUUAAAGUAUCAGUUAAUUAAAAAAUUCUGAAUCCAUCAAUUGUUCGAUACAGGCUGCGUUCCGGUAUUACUGCCAGUACUAAAAAAUCUAUAGUUUCUAUUACGUAUACUAUAGAUUUUCAGUACUGACAGUAAUAUCGAAACACAGCCAUAGUAGGAGAAUUAGAGAGUAAGGGCCCUCUUUCAAAUUUGAAAGGUUUCAGUAACGAUCACAUAAUUGAUAAGCUUCCGCGAUAUAGUUUGUAAGAAGUUCAUAUAGUCUGUUUUAAUUUUUUUAUUGUAAUUAUGGUAAAAUCUUAAACGAAAACGAUUAGCGUCUAAUCUUCAAAUUCGAUAUUAAUAUAUUUUAAUUGUUCAAAAUAUGGUCAUGUUUAAAUGUAAUAGAAUUAGUAUUAAUUCGAACAGCGUUUUAUUCUCGUUUCUCAUUUUGUAUGUGUAGACAAUCUCGCGAAUACAGAGAUCUCCCUCAAAAAACAAUAAGACAAAGUUAUAUGUAUAUUUAAAAAGUUUGAAGGGUUGAAUAAUCUAACGAUUACAGUAAUAAGCAAAAGAAAUUAGACGUUCGUCCCAAUGUGAACUUUACUGAACCUGACGCGUUAAAUAUUUAUGAAACGAGCAAUAAUUUUGUCACAAAUUUCUUUUGUUGCUAUUGUGCUUCUGAACUUUUCUCGACAUACCUUGUACAUAUGACAUAAGCUAUAUGAUGUGUACGUCACUGUACUAUUUCGUGGAGCUGGCACAUGAAAUCGCUCUUUGUCUCCUACAAUAUGCCUCUCUGAUAUUCUCUAGGUGGAAAAUAUACAAUAUAUUUCUCACCGCAAAUGAGUAUCACUUUUUGACUGAAAGUUAACAUAUUCCGCAAAGAUUUACCGUGCAAUUUACAGUCAUGAGUUCAUAGUCUCCAUAUCGUGCAAUAGGAUCAUCCACACUAUUUAUACACCGUAAACAGAUACUACAGUUUCGCAGCACCAAAAUACCGUUUUUAAUCCGUUACGUAAUCCUUUCUGCGUUGCUCCACGAAAUAAACUGCGAAAUUCAAAGGCAUUUAUUAUGCUUUUGAGUAGAGAUGAGAGAACGUAGACUGUCUUAGAGCCCAGUGAAAAACAAGAUUGACAAUGGACGGGAAGAGAUUCAAAAUCUGUGUAAUCGUUACAGUUACGUCAGAUAAAUAAUAUUGGAUGAAUCCUAAACGGAAUGAGCUAGAGAGAGAGAGAGAGUUAUUAUACGAGCAACGCAAUAUAAUGCAGUUGAGUCUAGACAUAACGAGCCUCUAACACAAGACUGAUUAGCUAAUCCCACUGUACAUCCGUAAUCUCUCAGUAAGUUAAAGAUACAAGACAAAAUGGUAGAAGUUCCAGACUGUUCCAUAUCCGCAAACGCUCUCCUCCUGAUUUAUUUCGUUUGUUUUUACACCGUGCAUCUUCGUUUGAUGGUAUAUUAUCACUAUGAGAUUUAUUAGUACGAUCCAUGAGUGUUUCGUUCCUACAACAUCGUGCUACUUUGACUCAAUACUUAUCAGAACAAAAAAUAAAUUAAAUAAAACAAUAUAUAGGGUCUCUGAAAUUAUUGUGUGUAUAUAUAAAACUUUUUACAACAGUAGUUUUUGUUAAAUUUGCGUAUGAUAAUAUUAAUGUGUUGUCAUUCAACGUUAUUUAAUAUUUCUAAUUGGAAUUGUUUAAUUUUCAAUCUCAAAUAUUUUCUACCUAUUCUAUUAAAUGAUUAUACAAAGAUCAGAUUUUUGCUAAAAUAAAAUAAGAUUUUUUUCUUGUUAUUUACACACACACACACACACACCACACACCAAUCUAAUAAUAUAUACAAAUAAAAUUAUUUUAAGGUGCAAUUUGAAAUAAAAGAUUGUAAUUAUCUAACACAUAUAUGCUAUUUUACACACACGCACGCACGCAUGCACGCACGUUAACAAAUUUUAUCUUUAUUAUUUAUUGUUUUUAAAUAUAUAUAUAUAUAUAUAUAAUUUUUGUAGAAAAUUAAAAAAAUUUUUUUUUUUAACUGACUGAAAAUUAAUCUCGAAUUUAUUAAAGAAUUAUUUAAAAAGUUUUCAUUUCAGAAUACCCUAUAUAUCAACGAGCAAAGUAUCAAUGAUGUAAUAACUAAAUCUAAUGUUAUUUCUAACAUAUAAGUGCAUUGAAUAUAAAAAGAUUGCAACAUCACAGUUUGUACAGACAAAAAAUGACGCAAGAAAAAUAUAUAAGGAAGAAAAAAUGUAAUUUUAGUUAAAAAUAUGUAAAAAGCAUAAAUCCUGAUGCCACUGUUUUUAAUUUUUAGUAAUAUACUAUUCAACUUCUUUUCUUCUCUCUUGACGAUUCUAGACUAAUAAUCACGCGGCCAACCACUUUUUUUUUAAUAUGGAAAUUUUAUUCACUUUCAACGUGCCAAGCUAAACGAUUAGGCAUUUAUUUAUUAAAGUACUGUUACCUCUGAUUGACAAAAAAAUCAAAUUAUGUCGAGAUAGCGUACUUACACUUUUGGAUCAUGACAAAUGCUUUUUGUCCCUCGCAACUCUGAUGAUAUUUCGUUUAAUGUAUAUGUGUCUAUAAUCCGUUUUUCUUCUUUUCAAUUUUUUUGUAAGCAAGAACUUAAAUACACGCAAAACGUGCGUUUCGGAGCGAAAAGUAGUAAAAUCCAAGUACGCAUUAAACGAAAUUUACGAAAUUCAGCAAGAAAGAACACGACUAACGAAUAGAAUUAUAUGGCCGAUGUAUCGUAAUGAUAAACCUCGCUCGUAUUGUGAAGAGUAUCUAGUAUAAUAACAAACAAACGCAGUUAACGCUUAGACUAUGUAAAUGUACUAUAUACGAAGUAAGAUUAACACGAAAUGUUUCCUAUAUGGCCGUAUAAGUCUCUGUAUUAUAAGAACAGCGUGCGAUCACUAAACUUAGGCCUAUAGUUUUAAUAGCUCUGUAAUAUAUUAGAGAUAACUUGAAAAAUUUUAAGAUAGUUAUGUAAUUGUGUCUGAAAAGUGUGUAACUAUAAAAUGCGAAUGGAAGUGUGUGUGUCUGUUAACGCGUAUUGAUCGCAUAUUGAUCGACUUGACAAGUAUGUGAUCUGUAUCUUUAAACAUAAAUCGCAAGAGCAGAGAUUUCAAGGUGGUUGGCCGCGUGCCAACGGAUCAAUGUACAUCUGUAUCAGCGUUGAAAAGAAUUAAGGAUUGGGCAUAUAAAGGAGAAACGGCAUUUACUUUAUCAUAAAAAUUAAACGAGGCGAGAUUAAUUGUGUCGCGUGAAUAAUUAAGUCCUCCGCUGAUCUUUAGACUGAAGCAUAAACUCUAUUCACACAUCUUCGACGAGAUCGAAAGACUCUCUACCUUUGACCCGAUAAUUUAUUUGUAUUUAUUCUGUGUAUUUAUUCUAAAUGAGUCAGAUGAAUUUAGAGCGCAAAUGCAAUUUUGAGACACUACCGAUUAAUUGAUAUUUAAUGCACCUGUUGCACUUUAGCAAAUAUAUAUGAGCAUUAUAAGGCGACUCAAUUCCUUUCGUAACCGAUAUCACACCUUUCAUGUGUAUGUAUGUAUGUAUGUAUGUAUGUAUGUAUGUAUGUAUGUAUGAACACGCGCGCGCGUGUGUAUGUGUAUUUCAGAUUCGUUGCAUCGAUACCUCACAUAGAGUUUGAGAGAUUGAUUUUAUAUUAGGGAAUAUUUUGAGCCACGUUUUGCAAGCCGAUAUUUCUGUUAUACAUAGUUUUUUUGUUACGGAUAAAUUUUUACGGUAUAUAUUUAAUAAAAGAAUUUUGCUGUAAAAUAAAGCCUCCGUUAUAAAUUUUCUUAGUAUGAUAAUAACAGCUUAAUUAAGAUCCCGUGUGCUGUUUUUGUUCAGAUUCUUCUUUACUUUUAAAUACUAUUUGCAGUUCUGUUCACAGUUCCUAUCAUUGUUAUUACAUACAAGUAGUAGACAAAGAUCUCUGAUACAACACUAUAUAUAAUAAUUCAUAGUGUUAUAACAAUAUUCUAAUAUGUAAUUUUAGAUUAUAUAUAUCUACUACUAUCAUUCAGUCAAUGUAUCGCUUUUUAUUUUGCGAAAUAAGUUACUCUAUUACAUGCUGCUCAAUAUUAGAUUGCUCAAAUCCCGUGACAGUAAAAUAAAAAUACUGGAAAAUAAAAAAUAUUACAAUAUUAUGUAAAAGUUAUAACAGUUUUUUUUUCAACUAAAUUUAUUAAACGUUUUGUCCCAUUUUAUUUACUUUUGCAUAUAAUUAGUUUUCAACAGAGAUCAUGUGAGUUUUAGUUGAAGAAGACUAAAGAGAUAUGUUUAAAGUAAUUCAAGACCAUGUUAAUCAGGAUAUCUCAAAGUUAUUUAGGAUAAUCAGACUUUUUAGAAUAUGUUUUGAUGUACUUUUUAGAUUUUUUUUUAAAGAAAAAUUAAAAAAUCAGUUUUUUAAUUAGAAUUAGCGUUUCUUUUUUUUUAAUUUUAGUGUCUUAUUGUUCCUACUGUACGAACAUAAACACUGUUUUUAUUAGAUCACGUUAUAGCUGAUAUAUGUUGUUAACUAUAUAUUUUUGUGCGUACCAUAGAACUAUCAUACGCGUUUAUUUAAAUAAAUGUGUGUAUGCUUUAAUAGUUCAGUGUUCACGCAGUAUUACGAUAGUAUAUAUCAUAAAGAUUUAUUUUUAAGAAUUAUACACAGAACGUUUUGUUUAUUUAAACAAGCAAUCCGAGUCAGAAUAGUUCCUAAAAAAGACGUUAUUUUGGUGUGUAAAAAUUUUCUAAAUUUCUUAAUUUUGAUGGAUUUUUUACUGCAAUAUUAAUUUUUAUUGGAAAUAAAUUUUUAAUUUUCCAAAACGAUAUUGGAGUAUAUUGAUAAGAUUACUUGUUAUAUGCAUACAUCAAAAAUAUUGAAAUGUAUCACUUUAUUACAGUCCUUGUAUUUGCAAUUUUUUUCGAACACUAUUACUGACUGGAAAUAUUAUUGCUACCUCAAAUUUCUGAACACGAUUCGUGGUCACACAUUAAUGCUCAAACUGUUAAUUUGCAAAUGCAAUAGAAAUAAAGUUGUCCGGUUGACUAUUUACGAUCGAUUAUGAUACAGAUGUGCAAAGAUUAUAAAUUAUGAAAUUUUCUUUUAUUUCCGCUUUUCUCGGCGAUGUUUUGUGCGCCAAUACAGCCUACAAAUGCUUGUAAAUAGCGGUUCGAUUUUAGGCUAAAAUACGCAAGUAUGCGAACGAAUUUUAUGGCGAAAGUUGUAUUAUGUGGUUCUGGACUAUAAAGUACGGAUGAAUGUUUGAUAAAUUAUGGGAGUAUGUUUAUAGUAUGUUAAAUAAAAUUUUAAUGCACACAUAUUACUCGACAAAACGUAUAUGCUUUUCUUAAGAAAAAAAGCGCGAAUGUAAAAAAAAUGAAAUACUCGUUGUUUCUCCAUACAAAUUUAGUGCCGAAGAAUAUUUUAUCGUUAACAUCGAUCUCUACGGAGCUGAUAUACGCUUGAGUUUUUUGUUAAUGAUCAUAUUCAUUAAACGAAUUCAUCCAUCUCUCUGAUGUGUUAAUAAAAAAUUCGUCCUCGUAAAAGGACGAAAAAAAGAUACCGAAUCAAAGAUUAGCCUAAUGUCUUCUAGUAAUCAUGCGUGAUGCUGCGACUCUACAAAUCGUUUACGAUAAAGUGUUGCACAAGCCGAUUUUGAAAUACAAAUUAAUAUAUAUCUAUAAUCAAUAUUAUUUAAUGUAAAGUAACUUAGAUUGAUUUUGUCAGACUUUUCAAAACGUGGAUUUAUAUUGCUUUGAAAAAUACGAGAAAAAAAAUGUUAUUAACUUGACCAAAAUUUUCAAUUCUGAUUAAAUUAAGCCAAGUUGAAGAACUAAGUUGAAAAAUUUAGUCAAAUUAAGAACUUUUUUAUUUUCAGUAUAUACAAGGUACACACUUAAAUACGAUAUAACGAGAGCAAACAAUUUUCUUAUAGAUUCUUUUGGAUAAUGCAUAAAUAUAAAGUUUCUUUUUGAGUUUUAAGCAAACGUCACUGCCAUUAGGAAAACAAACCUAUAAGGAAAAGAAAAGAUACAUUGUUACGAAUGAUUUUAUUAUAUAUAAGUCCGCGCGCAUAUGUCAGUGUUAUACUAUCUCGGAAGUGAAUCCUUGUCUCGCGAGAUAUGCAUUAUCUCGAAUCUUUCGUUAUUCGCUUUUAUAUAAUGCAAUAUAUUGCGCGUAAUUGCUUGUACAACAUAGCAUAGCAAAUAAUUGGGUGUUUUAGCGAGAGAAAGCACUAACGAAUUAGCAGGGCAUCCUUUCUAGAUUAAGUGUUAUUUUUAUUUGCGCACACCAAUUAGUGCGAUGACUUAUUUUUUCUGUAAUUACACUUUUGAGUAUCGCACGAAUGUACGUACGGGAAAUGUAAAUGAUAAGAAAACGUUCGUGCGAGAACGACGAUAAACGCGAGAACCGAAAUGCAUUUCGGAGUCAGUAACAAAAGCCGAUGGUUGCUAAACACAGCCAUUGCUGCCAGUUAGUCGUAGAUGUAACUUUAAUUUGUAAUAUCGUCAUUGUAAGAAUAUAAGACGCGCUGUGGAUAAGGGCGACGAUACCUUAUCUGUUAUCUGUAUAUCUCUCUUUAACUGUAUCCAUUUUCCCUCCCGUCGCGCAUUCCCUCGAAGAUAUUGAUGAGAACCGCGCAACGCUUGACAAAUUUAGAUAUAUCCGAUUAUCUUGCAUUAAAAAUGUACUAUUAUUAACUAUAUUAUACGCGCUGUACGCAGAGGAAGAAACAAACUUUAUUUACCAAAUACCAGAUUUUUUAAUAAAAAUCUUUUUGUGAAGUAAAA